AUGCGUUGGUUGUGGUCACUGUUGUUAUUAGGCGUCUCAGCCAACGCCCACAAAUUAAUAGACUGUCCGCUCCUUGGGCCUGCAUUCCCCGCGCCUACAGCUUUAUCAAAAGAUCCUCUUUUUCUGAGAGUAUCAGAGCAGUUGACUCUGCGACUCAAUGAGGCAAUUGAGAAUGGAACUCUACCCUCCAUCUCAUUCGCAGUACAAGUUUUCAGCGCCCAAGAAGAUGAGUCGGCAUUCGGCUUCUACCACACAGAUGACCCAAUUACAGUUGGAACUGUGGGUGUCAAUGAGAUAAAUGAAGAUACUGUCUUCCGAAUCGGUAGCAUAUCAAAGCUGUGGACUAUGUUCCUCUACAUGACUAUUGGUGGAACACGAUACUUCCAAGAGCCUGUCUCGAAAUAUGUUCCCGAGCUGCGCACAAGUUACAAUCUGACACAAGCAACAAACACACUUGGUCAUGUGCAGUGGAGUGAUGUGACUAUUGGUGAAUUGGCGAGCCACCAGGCUGGCAUCUUGAGAGAUUAUGGACCUACAGAUUUGGGGUUCCAGUGGACCACUCUACAAAACCAGGGCUUCCCCGCACUAUCAAAGCUCGAGCAAUUGACUUGUGGUAAUGAUUACCCGUGUGCCAGAAAAGAGUUCUUUGAUGGGGUGUUUAAAGCGCAUCCCAUGCUUUCGACUUCCUAUACCCCCACAUAUUCUAACGCAGGUUACCAAAUACUUGGAUACGCGUUGGAGUCAGUUCUAAACUCUAAGUAUGCGGACAUAUUAGCGGAUCGACUCAUCAAGCCACUCAACUUAACCCGGUCUUCCCUUCACGCUCCUGAUUCCCGUCUGGCUGUGAUACCUCACAAUGAGACUUCAAGCAUGUUCAACUAUUUACUAGGUGACGAAGAUCCUGCCGGAGCAAUAUUCUCAUCCCCAAAAGAUAUGGCUUCCUUCGGCCGUGCGAUUCUUUCAAAUGCCCUUGUUGACCCUGUCAUCACAAGGAGAUGGCUAAAGCCAGCAACACAUACCUCCUCUUUGCGUUUCUCCGUCGGGGCGCCGUGGGAGAUAUAUAGUUUCUCGACACCUCGUCGAAUUGACCUAUACACGAAGGCCGGGGAUAUUGGCAUGUAUUCUAGCUUCCUAGGUCUAUCUCCGGACCACGAUGCAGGCUUUACAGUUUUGGUUGCCGGCGAAAAUUCGCACCAGAUGACGUCUACAAUCUCAGAGCUGGUUGCAGAUAUUUUACUACCGUCACUUGACAAUGUCGCGAAAAACCAAGCACUUGAACGAUUUGUGGGCACUUAUGCGCUGACAGGCGAUACCUUUAAUUCUUCGAUCACCAUUACUGCAGAUGAUGGCCCUGGCUUGAGAGUGGAGGAAUGGAUCAGCAACUCGGUCGAUAUGUACGAGACUUUGAUGACACUGCAACAUGUGACAGAUCGCUCCGCGAUAAGCAUUCGACUACAACCCAACGGUCUCCAAACUUCAGAUCGAGUUGGAUUUUCAGGCGUUAUAUAUGCGCUGCCUAUUCCGCCAAAUACCGGACCUAUUCUUGGGUCGUGCAUUUCGUGGAUCGCACUUGAGUCGCUCAUAUAUGCAAACAUUGGUCUGUCGGAGUUUGAGUUCGGAUUGGACGACCGUGGAGAUGCUAUGAGUAUAUCCCCGCGGGCGUUACGCGUGACCCUCCCCAGACUUUGA